AUUAUAAAGCAAACGUGUGAGCCGGAGACGCGCAGAGGGGGAGUCUGCGGAAAACACGGGAGCAGCGAACCAGACGCUCCGCACAGCUGCGCAACUUUCCAAACAACACUCGUUUGGACUUUUUUUUUUUCUAUCUUACCUUUUUGACUUGUGCAACGAUGACCACCGCCGUGGUUUCUCCUUUCUUCGACUUCGAAGUUAUGAACAAGAACAACAAGCUGAUGAGCUACAACAACAACCUGAGCGUCCCCCACCCCAUGUCUGUCCCUUGCACUGGCACCAAUGUGCCCAUCUCCAGUCCCACCGGGGUCCUGCUGGACAGGAAGGCGGUGGGAUCGCCCUCGGUGGGAAGCGUGUACCAGCGGCGGCACUCAGUCAGCAGCACAAAAUUCAACCAGAACCAGUUUCUGAACAGCCUGAAGGCAGCGGACCACUCCUCGCUCAUCUCAGGGGUUGGCAACGCCAGCAGCAGCAACAAGGAGAACCGCCUGCGAGACCGCUCUUUCUCCGAGACGGGGGAGAGGCUCCUCAACAAGUGCCUGGGCCCCGCCAGCCCCACCUGCGGCGGCGGCAGCCAGGUGAACUCCAGCCGUUACAAGACAGAGCUCUGCAGGCCCUUCGAGGAGAACGGCUCCUGCAAGUACGGUGACAAAUGCCAGUUUGCCCACGGCAUCCACGAACUCCGCAGCCUGAGCCGCCAUCCCAAGUACAAGACGGAGCUCUGCCGCACCUUUCACACCAUCGGGUUCUGCCCCUACGGGCCUCGCUGCCAUUUCAUCCACAACGCAGAGGAGCGCCGCGGACCCCCGCAGCAGUCCUCUCCCCUAAACUCUUCCAACAAGAUGGAAAGGCCUCGCCUGCAGCACAGCUACAGCUUCGCCGGCUUCUCCAGCUCAGCCGGGCUGCGUGACAGCCCCACCUCCGUCACCCCGCCGCCCAUCUUCUUCCCCGACGAGGUCCCAGACUGGCCCAGCAGCAACCCCUUCACCUAUUCCAGCCAGGAGCUGGCCAGCCUGUUUGGGCCCAGCCUCAGCACCGGUGCUGUGGAGUCCAACACCCCUGCGCCUCCUUCCCCCACCAGCACAUCCUUCUUCAUCAGAUCCAUGUCCCCUCAGAUGUUCGAGUCUCCAUCCAGCCCCCCAGACUCCCUGUCAGACCAGGAGGGCUACCAGAGCAGCUCCGGGGGCAGCCUGAGCGGCUCGGAGUCCCCCACUCUCGACACCACCCGCCGCCUUCCCAUCUUCAGCCGCCUCUCCAUCUCCGACGACUAGAGACCCCCACAACACACGCGCAACUCACCUUCAACGCAGAAAAUAUGGCACUCCCCUCUACCUCUGCCCCCUCCCCAUAAAGCUUCUCUGGCCUGCUUUACUCGAACUUUGGGUAAUCAUUUAAGGGAACUUUCUUAACUCAUCAUUUCACCCCCCCGAUCCAAUCCCCUUUUAUUCUGCACAUCACACGGCACAAGUGGCCUUGGAAAGGGGGGUGCAUUGCACCAGACCCCCCCCACCACCAUCUCCUUCCCCAAAGUGAUCCCGAGCUAGCUAGUUGGUGCUCACUAAUGUAGCUCUACGGCAGACGUUUUUACAGACUGAGCUGAGAAAUAAAUUAUAAAUAAAGAAAACAACAAAAAAAUAACAAACCCUGAAAAUAUAUGAAUAGUUUUUAAAAAAGAAAUAAAAGUUAAAAAGUGCCUGGGGCGGUUUUCUGCAUGUUUAGGGUGAAUGGACUACUGCUUUUUUUUUUUCUUCAAUUGCCCCUCCUCUUCCUUUUAAAGCCCUUAUGUAAUUGAACUGGCUGAGUACAAGAAGGACUUUAAACUGGAGGUUGCCCCCUCCCUCCCUCCACACCCCCCCAUGUUGCUGGUCACUGGCUUUUUCUGUCUUAUUUGGGAAGGAAGUCUUCAUCAACCCUAAACAUUCAACCUUCUCCACAUUCGCCUUCGAUCCGGGAAGUUCAGCAUUCCCAUGAUCCAAAAGUCUCGACAAGAUCGGAUCUCCAAGCUAUUUUACUUUACCCCCCCUCCCUCCUCCCCUCGCUCAGAGGAGCUCUCUGUAUUCAUUACAUCCCUUUUGCUUUCAUUAUUUUCUAAUUAUUUUUUAUUAAGGUUAUUAUUUGAAAAAAAACUUUCCAGACAGAAGGUUUGUGUGUCACUGCUUAUUUAACUUAUCAGAACAUAUUUAUUGGUGAUCAUAUGCAUUUUUUUUGUUAAUUUUUGUUUUUUGUAUUUAUCUGGAUAAUGAACAAUAGAAUAUAUUUUCUUUUAUGUUAAAUUAUGAUCUUCCAUAUUAAUCUAAA